GAGAAUAUUUUUUUCCCUAUAUAAAUGGACAAACAUCAGUACAUUGAUGCAAAUAAGGAAGCACCCAAUACAUGCUGUUUAGCUCCACACAAAUAGUUAGAAAAUGAAUCAUUGUCUUGUAGUAUCCCACAAAAAACUCCAAACUUUCCGCACAUUUGCAGCUAGCAAGUUCUCUUCUUUUACCAAAUCUGCACAGAAGUCUAUAAAAUACUCCUUCCAGUUCAUCUACCAAAACAAUCCACUCUUUGUCCAUGUAGCUUACUUUGCCCUGAUCUCCUUUGCUGGAUAUGGAUCUCUAAAGGUCCUCAAGCCACGAGACAAGUCAAAUACUCUGAAAGACUUGGACGUGCUAUUUACUUCCGUAUCUGCAUCAACUGUUUCAAGCAUGGCUACUGUUGAAAUGGAGGAUUUCUCAAGCGCUCAACUCUGGGUUUUGACUAUUUUAAUGCUGAUUGGUGGUGAGGUAUUCACUUCAAUGCUUGGCAUUCACUUUAUGAGAGCCGAAUUUGGUACAAAAGAGUCAGUCAGCACAAGGGAUCACUCACCUUGCAUUGAUAUUGAGUCUAUUACUUCCACAAAAUUUGGUCCCAGCACCCAGGGCACAAAAGUUACAGUUUCAUUUUCUGAACUCCGCAUGGAAAAUGGAGGACAUGUAGAGCCCAAGACGAUUAAAUUUUUAGGUUUUGUAGUGAUGGGAUAUCUUCUAAUAACAAACUUAGGCGGCUCCCUACUUAUUUACCUCUACCUUAACCUGGUACCAAGUGCACAUAAAAUUCUAAAGAGAAAAGGCAUUGGGAUCAUCGUAUUCUCAGUAUUUACAGCCAUCUCCUCAGUUGGAAAUUGUGGCUUCACUCCAGUAAAUGAGAAUAUGAUUAUCUUUCAGAAGAACUCCAUUCUUCUAUUGCUAAUUCUUCCUCAGAUACUAGCAGGAAAUACAUUAUUUGCACCAUGCUUGAGAUUAAUGGUGUGGUCACUUGAGAAGAUUACCGGAAAAAAGGAUUGUCGUUACAUUCUUGAAUAUCCAAAGGCCAUUGGAUAUAAACAUCUUAUGAGUACCAGGGAAAGUGUUUAUUUGACUUUAACAGUUGUGAGCUUGAUCAUUCUGCAAACCGUAUUGUUCCUCUCUUUGGAGUGGAGCUCGGUAGCUUUGGAUGGAAUGAGCAACUAUCAAAAGAUAGUAUCCGCUCUAUUUCAGUCGGUCAAUGCUAGGCAUGCAGGUGAAUCUGUUACAGAUCUGUCAAACCUCUCUUCAGCAAUCCUAGUCCUAUACACCAUCAUGAUGUAUCUCCCUGGUUACACUUCGUUUUUACCCAGACAUGAUGGUGAGGAUUCUAAGACCGAGAAGAUAAACAAAAGAAAAGGGCUAUUGGAGAACUGGAUCUUCUCACAUAUGUCUUAUUUGGCUAUCUUUGUAAUGCUAAUUUGCAUCACAGAACGGGACUCGAUGGCUACAGAUCCACUUAAUUUCAAUGUUUUCAGCAUAUUGUUUGAAGUCGUCAGUGCAUAUGGAAAUGUGGGGUUCUCGGUUGGCUACAGCUGCAAGAGGCUACUGAACCAUGAUGCACGCUGCAAGGAUGCCUCGUACGGGUUUGCGGGGAAAUGGAGCGACAAUGGGAAAGCGAUCCUGAUCAUCGUCAUGCUUUUCGGGAGGCUUAAAACGUUUAACAUGAAGGGUGGAAGAGCCUGGAAGCUUAGAUAACAUCUAACCAAUUUCAGAAUAAAAGUAGCUAAAUAAUGCUGAACAGCUUCAGGUGUACACAACAAUGUGCUAGCGACAGAUUCGAGCUUAGCUUAGAAUAACAAGGGUGAUUAGGUGAAAGAUGCUCGUCAGCAUUAUGUGGCCUUUCAUUCACCAAGAAGCCAUGCAUCUUCCACCUGUGCUAAAAUGAACUACAAAAAAAAAAUUGUAUUCCAGUUUCUUUUUGUGAUAGCC